CCUUUCGCGCCGCCACCAAAUCGCAGCAAUGUCAGCUCCCGACGAGAAGGUGGACGCGAUGGUCAUCAAGUGCGAGAAGACGGGCAAGCUCUUCUACAACGAGGCCGACGCGAAGCUCCACAGCGAGGAGACAGGGCUGCAGGCCUUUGCCCAGGUCUCGCUCGAGGAGAAGGUGUGGGUCUGCAAGGAGACGGGCAAGGUUUGCUUCAACGAGCAGCAGAUGGCAAUGCACAAGCGCUUUGUGCCCGAGGCGCAAACGUUCGACGAGUCCAACGUGGGCGAGCUGCGGACCAAGGCGCUGGCCGCGGCCGCCGCCGCCGCCGCCGCGCCGGCCGAGAUGGAGACGGAGGAGGAGACGCUCCUGCGGAGCGCGGGGCUGGCGGGCAAGCUGGCGCGCAAGGCGGCCAAGGCGGGCGAGGCCGGUCCGUCUGGGCCGCCGCUGGUGACCAAGGAGCUCGUCGACCAGCUCCUCGAGAUGGGCUUCACCGAGCUGCGAGCGCAAAAGGCUCUCGUCAAGACGUCGAACGCCGGCAUCGAACCGGCGAUCAACUGGCUCGGCGAGCACCUCGACGAUGCGGACAUCGACGAGCCUCUCUCGACCGAGGUCGAGGUCAAGCCGCAAGCAGAGGUCGACGCGGCGCUCGCGCAAAGCAUGCAGGGUGGAGGCUCGAAGCUGACGCCAGAGGAGAAGAAGGCGAAGCUGGACGAGGCGCUGGCAAAGGCGCGGGCGAAGAAGGCUGGCAUCGACGUCGAGUCGCAAAAGGAGAUCGAGCGCGUGCGGCGCGAGGGCGGCAAGGAGCUCACCAAGUCUCUGCGAGACCAGCAGGAGCAGCAGGCUCCGGCGGAGCCAAAGUACCGCCGGAUGCGCCUCUCCAACAAGCUUGUCGCUGAGGGCCUCGUGCACGUCCCCGGGGCGCGGCAGUUCCUGGUCGCGCAUGGCUGGCGCAUCGUGGAGCGCGAGUUCCUCGAGCUGCCACCGAGCGACGACCCGGCGGCGCAGGCGGCGGCGCAGGCGGCGGCGGUGGCGGCGCUCACUCUGGCGGUCGCCCAGGCACAGGAGGAGCGGCGCCGCGCCGAGCUCGAGGCGCGGAAGCGCGAGGCAGCGGAGCGCGUCGCGAAGCAAAAGGCGGACCGCGAGGCGAUGAAGGCGGCCAUGGCAAGGGACCGUGCAGAGGUUGCGGCGCGGGGGCCGGCCCAGGCUUCGGUCGCAAAGAAGCUGCCCACCGAGUCGGCGGGCAGCAUGUCCUCCGCCAUCUUCCAAGAGCAAGAGGAGGCGGAGGCGCGCGCCAACGCGCGGUGAGACGCGCGGCGACGGACAAGCGUUGCCGCCGGCGUGGACUCGCAGUGCCGUUUUGUGGGACUCGCAGUGCCAUCGCCGUUUAUGCUGUCGCGUGUGUGGGGAGCUUUGCUCCUGCUGACACACACGCAUGAGCGCUCGAGAGUGGUGCGGAGAGCGGUGAGAGGUAUGACGGGGCUCUGGCCAACCGGGGCCGGUGCCGGCGCGGGACCAUCCGGAGACGCAAACCUCGCCACGCGGGAUUUCUUUUCGAAAAAAGAGACCUG